AUGUUGCAGCUAUGGCGCCUCUCCGCGCUCGGGAUUCUGCUUUCGCUGUUCUCAUUGAUCCUUGGGGACGACACUGCACAACAUGUCCUUUCUGAAAAAGCCAAAGUCUCGAACGAUUCGCUGCUAUGGGGUCCUUACCGGCCAAACUUAUAUUUUGGGGUUCGACCGAGGAUACCGAAGUCGUUGCUGACGGGGUUGAUAUGGGCGAAGGUGGAUAGCUUUCAAGGAGUGCAGAAUAACUUCCGGCAUACCUGCGAACAACAUGAGGGUAUGGCUGGAUACGGGUGGGACGAAUACGAUGUGCGGUAUGGCGGGCGCCAAACCAUACACGAUGCGGGCAACUCAAUAGACAUUACGACCGAGUUCAUUAAGAUACCAGGAGGACAGCAUGGUGGCAGCUGGGGCGUCCGAGUGAAAGGAACACCGAGAGAAGACGCGCCAGCCCGGCUGAUGAGUACCGUGCUCUUCUACGCUGGAAUGGAGGGCUUUGGGAGUCUAAGUGUGGAAAACGAGAGGGACGAUCUGGGGAUAGUAGGGCCUGUGACAAUGGAAGGCUCAAGCAAUGAGCUGGGAGACUUCAAGCUCCAAGUCACCGAGGGACCAAAUAGCAACUUGCAUCCACCUCCAAACCACAAGAGCUAUGAGAACAAGCCUCUAGAUCGAACAAUGGUUGCGAGUCUGCAAGUACCUGAAGGAGCUAUGUGGCAGGCUAAAUCACUCAUCUUCUCUCAGAUGAAAGAAGAGAUUGAUGCCAUGAUCGCUGAGUAUGGACAGGAGAACGCACCACCACCUUGGGCGACGUUCACAGUAGGCAACGACAUCAAGGAGGGGAAUAUGCAUGUUGUGCAGAAGGUCUUCGAGGGUUCUUUCGAGUUCGACAUCAUUUAUUCUUCAGCGUCCGCUGAGGCGCCUGUCACGUCGGACGAUCUUAGUGGAGCCAUCGAGAAAGCAACUACCCAAUUCGCGCACCGUUUCAAAAAGCUACUGGCACCCCAAGCUCCUUUCAACAAGUCGAAGUACCAAGACUUCGCCAAAUCUAUGUUUUCGAAUCUCAUCGGAGGUAUCGGUUAUUUCUAUGGGGAUUCCGUGGUGGACAAGUCAUACGCUCCUGAAUAUGAAGAGGAAAAUGAAGGUUUCUGGCAAGAGACCGCAGAAGCUCGUAUGCGCCAAGGAGGUGUAAGGCUUGAAGGACCCUCUGAGCUGUUUACGAGCAUACCAUCUAGACCAUUCUUUCCUCGGGGUUUUCUGUGGGAUGAAGGGUUCCACUUGAUACCCGUCGCCGACUGGGAUAUGGACCUGACGCUAGAGAUCGUCCGGAGCUGGUUCAACCUUAUGGAUGAAGAUGGAUGGAUUGGGCGAGAGCAGAUUCUGGGUCAAGAAGCCCGCAGCAAGGUGCCCCAAGAGUUUCAGGUCCAAUAUCCACACUACGCCAACCCUCCCACGCUAUUCUUAAUCUUUGAAUCCCUGAUCGACAAGCUGCAAACGAAGUGGCCUACUAAGGGGAUGGAUGACCCUCUCGAGUCUAUUCGCAGUGCUCACUUGCAGAAUUCUGAUGUCGCUAAGGACUAUCUGCGCGAUCUUUACCCAUUACUAAAGCGCCACUACUUCUGGUUCCGCAAAACUCAAUGGGGCGACAUCAAGUCCUAUGACCGAGAAGCGUUCUCCACCAAAGAAGGCUACCGCUGGCGAGGCAGAGACACCCGUCACAUAUUGACCUCUGGCCUGGACGACUACCCUCGGCCGCAGCCACCGCAUCCAGGAGAGCUGCACACCGAUUUAAUAAGUUGGAUGGGCAUGAUGACACGCUCAAUGCGACGAAUCGCUGAAACUAUUGGCGAAACCGAUGAUGCGAAUGAAUUCACAGGGUACGAGACAGCAAUUGUCAGGAACAUCGAUGACUUGCAUUGGGAUAACAAAGCAAAGACGUACUGUGAUGCGACCAUUGAUGACUACGAGGAAAGCGUACGUAUUUGCCACAAGGGAUACAUAUCCAUCUUCCCAUUCUUGACUGGUCUUUUGCCACCGGAUAGUCCGAGGUUGAAGGCAAUACUGGACCUGAUUAGCGAUCCUGAAGAGCUAUGGAGCGACUACGGUCUAAGAAGUCUGAGCAUGAGCGAUGAAUUCUAUGGGACGGACGAGAACUACUGGAGAAGUCCGAUAUGGAUGAACAUGAACUACCUCGCCGUAAAAAGCCUCUACGACAUCGCAAUCCAACCCGGCCCUCACAAGUCCCAAGCCACCAAAAUCUACACCUCCCUUCGCAAGAACCUCGUCGAAAACGUCUUCAAUGAAUGGGAGCGGACGGGCUUCGCGUGGGAGCAGUAUAACCCUGAAACGGGCGCUGGGCAGAGAACGCAGCACUUCACGGGAUGGACGAGUUUGGUGGUGAAGAUCAUGGCGAUGCCGGAUCUGAGUUGGGGUGGCGACGGGAAUGGGGUUGAGCAUGGGGAGUUGUAA